UAAAACGAGUCAUUGUUUCGACACAAAAAGUGUAGUAUUAGUUUAUGAAUUGCAGAAAACCAACAGUUUCAUAUACCGCGCCUGCGUCGCAACUCUACGAACGAAGAACGUUACAGCGAUUCAUCAACUUUCUCAGUUCACAAGGUGAAUACUUUGGUAUAUUUUGUUCCCAAUUAGAAAUUCUAAAUUGAAAGAGGUUAGGCUUUUAGGGAAGAAGUUGAUUUGAAAUAUGCUUCAGAUUCGGCUUAGCAAGACUUCUGCCUCUGAUGGGUCGGCAGGGGUGAAGCAAUCACCGGUAGAGACUGUUACAGUUGCGUGCCCUGACCAUCUGGUUCUUGCUGAUCUUCCUGUUGCAAAGGGCAUUGGUACACCUUCUACUGGUUCUCUUGUUAGGAAUGUGGGUCGUAGAUCCCGACGCCAGCUUGGUGAGCGAGUUCAUUUCUGCGUUCGGUGUGAUUUCCCGAUUGCUAUUUAUGGGAGGCUGAGCCCUUGUGAUCAUGCUUUCUGUCUCGAUUGUGCUAGAAGCGAUUCACUGUGCUACCUGUGUGACGAACGAAUCCAGAAGAUUCAGACAGUCAAAGUGAUGGAAGGAAUCCUAAUAUGCGCCGCACCUCAUUGUCUCAAGUCAUUCUUUAAGAAAGCUGAGUUUGAAUCUCAUAUCCAUGAGAACCACGCCAAUCUUGUUCGAUCCAAUGUAGAUAAAGAAGAUGGAAAUGAGUCAGAGGCACAAAGUGUUAGGCAACCUGCAGCCUCAGAUUCCACUGCUCGAGGCCCCCAAAGGCAAGUCUUUUCUCCGGGUUCAAAUUCUCAACCCCAUGAUCUGGAAGACAGAACUCGUCGGCAGCCAGCAAGAGAUCAAACUCCUUUAAGGCCAACAAUGCAGCAAAAGCCACCAUUUUUUGGCCAACAACAGCAUCAUCCUUCAGAUACAAUGUCUGGUUCUGUUGGAGGUAUGCAACAGGGCUUUCAUCAACAAAGUUUUGACAUGCAGCAGCAUCCCCCACAAGAACCUUCUCAGUUUACUGACAGGCCGCAAUCAGUUGGUCCAGAUAACUCAUUUCCUGAGUAUCCAACAAUGCACCCAGGACAAUCCACCAAUAUCCCGCCACACUCAAACCCAAUGCUGAACCCACCUUUGCCAUUCGGUUAUCCCUCCUACCCGCAAGACCGAGCUCAGCCAUUUUAUGCUGCUCCCUAUGAUAUGCCUAGGCAGGACUCAGCUUCUGAUAUGGGUGGAGACCCAAAUUCAUUAAUGGGUUUCCCACAAGGUGGCCCAAAUUUUCAAGGAAAUUAUUCCCAGCAAUGGAAUGCAGGAGGUGUUCCAUUUGAACAAGCACAGGGUGGUGGUAUGGUUGUGGAUCCAAGGGAUACCAAAGGAUUACUGGCACCACCACAGCCCAUGCACCUCCCACCACCUCCGCCGCCGCCAGCACACAUGUUGAAACAGAACAACUAUUCUGUUGAGCACGGACAAGAUGGUCAGGGUUAUGGUUGGCAGCAUGAUAGUCGUGACAGUUUUAGUGGCCAAGGCUAAUAAGGUUUCCAUUCAUGCUUGGUAUAUGUAUCUUGCAUCUUUGAAUUCUCUAAACUGCAAUUUCUAUUACAUUUUGGCCUCUUUUUUUUUUGUACAUUCUAAUCAAAUUGAGUUUUUCCUUUAUUAAUCAAAAAGUUUUUUUGUCCCAUAUGUGGUACUAUAUUCGCGAAAUGAGAAUACAAUCAAAUGUGUUGGAACUUGGAA